ACUUUAAUAACAUUACAUGUAUGAUACAUAUUAUGUACAAAUCGACUACAAUAACCAUGGGUAUCGUAGUAAAUGCCCACCGGCAUUUUUCUGCAAGAGGAAAGUUGACAUUAACGAAACAUACAAAAUUACUCAAGAAUAGCCGUAUUAGUGCUGGUUUUUCACACCAAAGGGAUCUUAGUAACUGCCAUGUAUUAGGUGUUUCUGUACAGCCGGUUCUGCAUUCCUACCAACAAAAAAGGACUUUAACAAACGGUUCAUCUGGACAUCCUCUCAGUGGUCUGUCGAAAUUGUUCAACCCAGAGACGAAUCCAUGCGUUGAUUUUGGUAUCAGGUAUUUGGAAUGGGUACACGAUGUAACAGGAUUGCCAUGGUGGGGCACCAUUAUAUCAGCUGCAAUAAUUGCUAAACUGUCCAUAUUCCCUCUCUUCUGGUAUUCUGUAUACAAGAGGGCCAUAUAUCAAAGUGUACACCAAAAACUUGCUGUCAAAAGGCAACUGGUGGAUCAGAACCUUUAUCAUAUGCAGCGGGUCAUGGGGUUUUCUGAUAAAGAAAGAAAACAGGAGCUAGAAGAUAGUUUUAAGACAUUAAGAAAAGACCACUACGAGAAAUACAUGGUCCACCCCCUACAACCAACCCUUGCUAUGCUGAUCCAAGCCUCACUGUGGUUCUCUAUGAGUGCAGCACUGAGGAAUAUGAGUGGAUUACCCCUUCCAUUCACAGGAGAAAGGGGGUUGUUUGAGCCAGGGUUUGCUGAAGGAGGAGUGGCAUGGUUCCCAAACUUACUCCUCCCAGAUACAUCUAUGGCUGUAGGUCUGAUCACCUUUUCCAUCCUUAUCAUCACUAGUCAGAUGUCCAUUUUAACAACAAGACAGAGACUACAGGGACGUCCAAUGCCAUUAGUGGUGAAGACAGUAUCUGUUUUUGGUCAUCUUGGAGCAACUUGGCUACUGUAUCUUUCUUCAAUAUUACCUUGUAGCAUGACUUUAUACUGGGGUGUAUCUGGAGGAUGCUCACUUAUUCAGAACCUGGUCUUUCUCUCUCCCAGGGCACUCAAUAUCCUGAAAAUUCCAGUGAUGUUUCCGAAUCCUACACCAUAUAAAUCUUUGAUGACAGAAGCCAAGCGCCUUUAUCUGAAACCAUUUCUACCACAAUCUAAAACACCUAAGAAAAAUGAGAGAAGUUGAAGGCAGUCAGUCAUUUGUUUCAUAUAUAUUUAUAACAACACUUACACAUAUUUAUAAAUGUAUAAAACUUUGAAAAAAGGUAUUUGUGAGAAUUGAAAUGCUCCUUAUCAAUAAAAAACUACAAUAAAAAGAGCAGGAUGCCUAAAAGUGAUGACAGCAUGACAUACUUGAAACCUGUUUGGGUCUUGUUGUCGUGUUAAAAUAUGAUUAACAUGUACAUUAUAAAGUCUUUUAAACAACACCAAAAUGUUUUUAAUUUGUGAAAUAUACACACUCAGGUACAUGUAUGCUAUCAGAAACAGAAGUGAUUUAAUGCCCAAAUCGCAACAUCAGAAACUUAUCUUCCUUUGAAUUGUGUCCAAAAUUUGGUAAAAGUAUUUAGGUAGAGUUUGGUUAGUUGUACGGUUAGCUGAAUGAGCGAGCUGUCUUAAGAUUCUCCAGAUCUUGGCCAGUGAAAUAAAUGUAGGGAUCAGUUGUUGUCUGUUAAUAGAUAUGCUGAUCUCUCUUUAUUAAAAUACAUUUAAACGACUCUACACGUGAGAUUCAAAAAUUCACAUUGUAAACAACAGAAAUAUAAUAGUAAAUUCU